AUGAAUUCUCUUGAAUUAUUUUUUCAAAAAUUAUAUCAAUAUGAAGUGGCAAAGAAAAAUAAUCAAGGAAAUGGCCAUGCACAAGUAGUUGAAUCUCCUAUACUUGAUAUGAACUUUGAUUUUUCUGAUGCACCUCCAGCGACCGUAAAUGAACAAAAAGAAAAUGGAAAGGAUGAAAAGGAGAAAAUAAAAGAAAAACCAAAAAAAUCAUCUAUUCGUAAGGUCAACCCUCCUAGACCAAUUAAGAAGAGACCUAUCGAAGUAAGCAAAGUUGAACCACCACCAAAAGUAUCAUCGAAAAGAAUGAAAAGGAUUAGAAAUAAUUUACGUAUCGAUAUGGUUGGUUAUGAACAAAGGCAUUAUGCUAUUCGUUCAAAUUCUACCAAACGAGGAUAA